UUUAAUGGGUUUGAGGGAGUAAAGGGCUUCUUACUCGAGAUUCAGUUGCAGAGUCUGGAAGGUCGAUGCACCAUGUCUACCGGGUCCAUCAGUGAGUGUGAGGACAUGCAGGCGAUGGAGAUCCGAGGGCUCCUCCUGCAAUGCAACGGCUUGAAACACGAAUCCACCGACGCCGAUUUCUACAGCUCGGCCGAGAAUACCGAGGGGUCGAGCUCAGACUGCAGCUCCAAGAGGAAGAGGCCAGGAGGGAAUGCCAGGAAAAAGCAACUGGUCAGAGCCAGAGCCAGAGGCAGAUCCAGAGGCAGAGGCAGAGCCGGCAAAGAGGAGAAACAGUCACAGAGGAACGCUGCUAACGCCAGGGAGAGAGCCAGGAUGAGGGUCCUGAGCAAAGCUUUCUCCAGGUUAAAGACCAGCCUUCCUUGGGUGCCACCAGACACCAAGCUCUCCAAGCUGGACACCCUCAGGCUGGCCGCCAGCUACAUCGCACAUCUCAGGCAAAUAUUAGCGGACGAUAAAUACGAAAAUGGAUACGUCCAUCCCGUGAAUCUGACAUGGCCUUUCGUGGUGUCAGGAAGACCAGAAACAGACAGCAAAGACCUUGCUGCCACUUCCAUCCUGUGUGGGACCACAGUAUAGCAGCUUGAGGGAGCUCCAGGAGAAAGCCUCGGAGAAGUGGGUUCAAGGAAUUAGUCAAACUGUUUGUGAUACAGUGUGAACCAAUGGUCCAGUCCCAGCACUGUU